ACUUUCAAAGCAGACAAAAGGGUAAAAUAGUACAAUCACACGGAACACAACGGCAUCCCCUUCCCCGCCACUCAAUAACAAUUAUAUAAAGGUUUUCGGGCCAAAAGAAAAGAGAGAGGAAAAAAUGGCGUUAAGGCUUACACCUUUUCUACUGCCCACUUAUGGAAAACCCAAACUAGCUGCACUUUUCAAUUCAAGAUCCGAAUUAUCCAUUCAAUUUCUUUCAAAAAACUUCAGAAUGUUGGAUUUUGAAUCAAGAAAGAUGGGUUUAAAGGUGAGUGCUUCCCAAAAAUUGGAAGAGAAGAAUGUACCGGAGUCGGGUAGCCAAUGGGGGAAAGUGUCGGCAGUGUUGUUUGAUAUGGAUGGUGUGCUCUGCAAUAGUGAGGAAUCGUCAAGAAAAGCGGCUGUUGAUGUUUUUGCUGAGAUGGGUGUUCAAGUAACCGUUGAAGACUUUGUGCCUUUCAUGGGCAUGGGUGAAGCAAACUUCUUAGGUGGUGUUGCUGCUGCUAAGGGUGUUGAAGGAUUUGAUACCGAGGCUGCAAAGAAGAGGUUCUUUGAGAUAUAUUUAUCAAAGUAUGCAAAACCGAAUUCUGGCAUUGGUUUCCCUGGUGCCUUUGAACUUGUCUCUCAGUGUAAAAGCAGUGGUCUCAAAGUUGCUGUUGCAUCUAGUGCUGACCGGAUUAAAGUUGAUGCAAACUUGGCUGCAGCCGGUUUACCAAUAACGAUGUUUGAUGCAAUUGUAUCAGCUGAUGCUUUUAAAAAUUUGAAGCCUGCUCCUGAUAUUUUCUUGGCUGCAUCACGGAUUCUUGAUGUUCCCACUAGUGAGUGUAUUGUGAUUGAAGAUGCACUAGCUGGAGUACAAGCUGCCAAAGCUGCAAAAAUGAGAUGUAUAGCAGUGACGACAACACUAUCAGAAGAUACUCUAAAUGCGGCGGAGCCAUCACUCAUCAGAAAGGAGAUAAGUGAUAUUUCACUUGAAGAUAUCCUCAAUGGUGGCUCUGGUAGCCAUAAUGUGAUGGUGCAGGAAUCUCAAUCCAUUAACGAUCUAGCUCUCUCUUUUCCUGAGCCCAAUAUGACAGGGAGUAUCACAGAGCUGGAUAAUUAUGUAACAAGUGGUGCCAUAUCCUCGAUGGGAGGGGUGCAGGUUACCAGACGAAAUGUUGUUAGAUAUGGAAGUUUAGGAAUUGCUGCAUCCUGUCUCCUCUUUACUAUUACAAACUGGAAGGCAAUGCAGUAUGCAUCUCCAAAAGCUAUCUGGAACUUGUUGUUCGGCACAGGCAAUCCUCCUUUUGAACAGAAAGAAGAUGCGUCCAGUUCACAGAGGAUUCAACAAUUUGUAAACUAUAUAUCUGAUGUGGAUGCCAGGAAAUCUACGACUAUCGUGCCCGAGUUCCCAUCUAAACUUGAUUGGCUGAAUACAAGCCCCCUUCAGCUAGGCAGGGAUUUGAAAGGAAAAGUCGUUCUUUUGGACUUCUGGACUUAUUGCUGCAUUAACUGUAUGCAUGUACUGCCAGAUCUGGAGUUUCUGGAGAAUAAAUAUAAAGAUAAGCCUUUUGUGGUUGUGGGGGUGCAUUCAGCUAAAUUUGACAACGAGAAGGACCUUGAAGCCAUCCGUAGUGCUGUAUUACGCUAUGGAAUCACUCAUCCAGUUGUCAAUGAUGGAGAAAUGAAUUUAUGGCGGGAAUUAGGUGUCAAUUCAUGGCCAACAUUUGUUCUUGUCGGGCCAAAUGGCAAGCUCUUGGCACAAGUAGCUGGCGAAGGUCAUAGAAAGGAUCUUGAUAAUUUAGUCGAGGCUGCUCUUCUGUUCUAUGGUAAGAAGAAGCUCUUGGAUAGCAAACCCAUUCCCUUGCGCUUGGAGAAAGAUAAUGAUCCCCGCUUGUUAACGUCUCCUUUAAAGUUCCCCGGUAAGCUGGCAGUUGAUGUCCUCAACAACCGGCUAUUUAUAUCAGACAGCAAUCAUAACCGAAUAGUAGUAACUGAUCUAGAAGGGAACUUUUUAGUCCAAGUUGGAAGCACAGGAGCAGAGGGUCUUCAUGACGGUAACUUUGAUGAUGCAACAUUCAAUCGUCCGCAGGGUUUGGCUUACAAUGCAAAGAAGAACCUCUUGUAUGUGGCAGAUACUGAAAAUCAUGCUUUAAGGGUCAUUGACUUUGUGAAUGAGACAGUGCGGACGCUUGCGGGAAAUGGAACAAAAGGUUCUGAUUAUGAAGGGGGAGGAACUGGAACUGCACAGCUUCUCAACUCUCCAUGGGAUGUCUGCUUUGAACCUGAGAAUGAAAUUGUCUACAUCGCAAUGGCUGGUCAGCAUCAGAUCUGGGAACACAAAACAUUGGAUGGAGUUACAAGAGCUUUCAGUGGGAAUGGUUAUGAGAGAAAUUUGAAUGGCUCAAGCUCUACAAGCACGUCAUUUGCACAACCUUCUGGGAUUUCCUUGUCACGAGAUCUUAAGGAGGCAUAUAUUGCUGACAGUGAGAGUAGCUCCAUUCGGGCAGUUAAUCUAAGAACAGGAGGUUCAAGAUCACUGGCUGGUGGUGAUCCAGUUAUUGCAGAAAACUUGUUUAGGUUCGGUGACCAUGAUGGAAUAGGCUCUGAAGUACUUCUUCAACAUCCAUUAGGUGUUUUAUGUGGAAAGGAUGGUCAAGUUUAUAUUGCAGAUUCUUAUAAUCACAAGAUUAAGAAACUAGAUCCAGAUAGUAAAAGGGUGACUACAUUAGCUGGUGUUGGUCAGGCUGGUUUCAAAGAUGGAGCAGCGGUGGCAGCUCAGCAUACCAAACAUUUUCUACGUAAAUUUCAUCAUCAAUCAGCAGUAGCAUGUGAGGUGAUUGUCUUUGGCAACAAAUGUUUGUUCUCAGAACCAUCUGGAAUUGUUGAAGCAGAAAAUGGAAUAAGAGACAUAAAUAAUCACAAUGAAAUUGGUGGUCUAAACUCUGCAAUCCUCACAAAUUAUUGCAGGAGCUCUAUCACGCUUAAUUUUUGUAUACUCAUCGUAAGCUGCACUAGCAAGAAUAGUAGGAGUGCUGGUUAUGCAUCGCAGUAGUUUGUAUUGACCAAGUAGAUGUUCCUGCUAAAGAAUUAAGUUUAAGGUCUAUUUUCAUGUGGAUUAGUAGUUCUUUUAAAAGAAAUCAAAUUAGGACAACACUCAGUCCUGCAUAAACACGGGUGAAGUGUUCAUGGGUCAUUCCUGCAUAAACACUUCUCAACUAAUCUGCUCCUAUAUCUGAAGUUACCUAAGUUGACAUGAUAUCAGAGCAGGGCCCAUCUCACCUGAUGUUGGGCCCCCAAAAUCAAAAUUGCCACGCAUCAGAUGCUAAGCACUGCGCGUGAGGUGGGGUGUUAAAGAAUGACAAAAGUCCCACAUCGGUGAUGAGAUGGGUGGACUCCUUAUAAGGCUUGUGCAAUCCUUCCUUUGAGCUAGCUUUUGGAGUGUGAGUUAGGCCUAAGACCUAAUAUAACAACCUCAUUUUUCUUUGUUCUUUCACAAUUGUCCUGGGGGAGAGGGAAUAAUUGGGAUUUUGGUGCAUUAAAAGCUGCGCCUAAGGUGUAUCAUGUGUCUUGAUGGAGCAUGGCACCAGUUAUGUACUAAAAAAUAUUGGUGGCGAACAAGGCCAUUGUUAUGUUUACUUCUUGCAUGAGUGAGCAAUUUGGUGAUGAUUGAAGGCAAAUCAAAAAGAAGAAUUUGGGAGAAGACGGGAUGAUAUACACCAGAGAUUCAUUAAUACUUUUUGCAAUGUCUCAUUGACAAGUUAAACCAGGAAACUGGAGAUUUUUUUUGUAAGCUCAAACGUCAUAUCUUGUAAAUCUUGCAUCUUCUGGAUGCUGUAAUUAAUACCACUUAUCUUAUCAAAAAAAAAAAACCAAGAAGAUGUUCCCUGCAAUGGCAAUGUUAUUCCAGAAUUUGAGAUCCAA